CCGAAGACGUUCGUACACUGCAUCAAAAUGACGGCCUCCCAAUUAGAGGGAGGAGAGGUCGCGGUAGACCAUCUAGACGUCGCGGACGACGCGGUAGACUUGCAACAAGAUUAAAUCCAACUCCAGAAAUGGAAUUAACUCCGAAUGCUGAAGAAAACGAAAGAACGGAGGAGCCAAUCGCAAACGUAGAAUCUACUGGAAACGUGGCGAAUGAGAGCAUAAAUGAAGCUAUAUCUGACGAUAUUCGCCCACCUUUUCAAAUUACUGAACAAGGUAAUAGAGAGUGGAGGAGGCACGGCAGGCCUCGCAGAUAUCGUGGACGGCGCGGUAGACUUGCAAGAUUGAAUUCAACAAAUCGAAUUCAACAAGUAAAUGGGACUGCAAAUACGGAGGAAGAAACCCAAAGGACAGAGGAGCCACUAGCAAACACGGAAUCUAUUGGAAACGAGAUCAUUGAAAUUUUAGACGAAGAAAGUCAAGAAGAAAAUAAUAUAAUAGAGAACACAAGCGUGGAAUCUAAUAGAAACGAGACAAUUCAAAUCAUAGACGAUGAUAACCAUAUUUAUGAUAUCCCGGAAGACGAUUUCGGUACUCUGGGUCUAUAUGAAGACCAACGGAAUGAUGUACCUUAUCAUCCUACUCCGUCGAAUCCGAUAUCCACGUUAGAUAGACGCACAAAUGGUUCGUGUUGUACCUGUUUGAUCGCAAAUGCCACUCAUAUGUUUGUGCCAUGUGGGCAUUUAUGUAUCUGCACCGAUUGCAAGGAAAGAUUGGAGGACGACAACUGUCCGUUAUGUCGUGUCGAAUACAACAGUUGUAUUCGCGCCAUUAUCACGUAA